AUGGCAUUGCUUUCCAAAAACAAACUAGGAUUUGUGGAUGGAAGCAUUCAACCUCCUCCAAUUGAAGAUCAUUCGUUCAGCGCAUGGCAAAGAUGUAACACUAUUGUGCUCGCAUGGAUUCAUCGUUCCAUUAAUGAUUCUAUUGCGAAGUCAAUACUCUGGAUCGAUAAGGCUCAAGAUGCAUGGAUAGAUCUCAGAGAUAGAUUUCAACAGUCUGAUAUUUUUCGUGUUUUAGACUUGCAAGAGGAUAUCUACAAGAUGCAACAAGGAGAAAGAUUAGUAAGUGAUUUCUUUACUGAUGUGAAAAUCAUGUGGGAUGAAUUAGACAAUUUAAAGCCUCUUCCUAGCUGUAAAUGUGACAAUCGAUGCUUGUGUGGUGGAUAUCAGCAAAUGAGGCAAUACAGAGAAACAGAUCAUGUUAUAAGGUUCUUGAAAGGAUUGAAUGAACAGUAUUCUCAUGUUAGAUCCCAAAUCAUGUUACUGGAUCCCUUGCCGAAUAUCAAUCGAGUAUUUUCUAUGAUAGUUCAACAAGAAAGGCAAAUGUUGAUGGAAGGACAGCCUGAUAUGACAAUUGAAUCCAGGACUUUCUUCAAUAAUUCUGAUAAAGGAAGAGGUCGUGGAAAUUUCACACAAGGAGGAAGAGGUCGUGGAAAUUCCACACAAGGAGGAAGAGAUCGUGGAACUUAUGGUCAAGGACGUGGAUCUGGUAGAUUGUGCACUUUUUGUGGGAAGCAGAACCACAUUGUUGAUACAUGCUAUAGAAAGCAUGGAUUCCCUCCUGGUUUCAAAUUCAAAAAUGCAACAAACUGCAUUUCCUUGAAUGCUGGUGUAGAAAAUUUAACACCAGAUUCGAAGGAUUUCAAAGAUAAAGGGAUCUCAAUGUCUCAUGAGCAAUAUGAAGCAUUGUUAAAUGCGCUGAGUUCAUCAAAAAUUAAUGCAGAUACUAAGUUUCUUCGUCAAAUCUUGUUCAGACAUCUGCUUUGA